CGAACACGUUAGUGGUGAUUGCGGUCAGUGAUGCAAAUAUUAGUACUAAUAGUUUCAGUAUUGAAAGAGGUAAGAAGGAAAUCAUGGAAGUGGAGUCACCAACUACUACUAAUACUGGAAAAACUACUGCUAAACGUGGCCGAGCAAGGGCUCUCUAUAGCUAUACGCCUGUCAAUGAGGAUGAGCUACAGUUACAAGUGGAUGACAUUAUUGAGGUUCUAGAUGAAGUUGAAGAAGGCUGGUGGAAAGGAAUGUUAAAAGGACUUGUGGGAGUAUUUCCAUCAAAUUUUGUAGUAGAAGAAGAUGGAAAUGGUAAUGUGUUUGAGCCGAGUGGAAAAACUGAGAAAGAAUCCGAGAUAAAUAAUGAUCCAAGAACUGUUGCAGCUCCUCCAAAGAAUUCUCUACCAAAUUCUCCUACACAAGAAGAAGUCAAGCCUAAGCCUAUACAUGGAAUUGGGUAUGGCAACAUUUUCAAAGAUGGUGUAGUAAACUUAAAACCCACAUGUCCAGCUAAAAGAAAUCCUUCUUUCCAAAAGAAGCUGGAAUUAUCAACAGACUCAGAUGCUCCAAAGCUGCCUCCCAAACCAGUUAAAGAACUAGUGCAAGUUCUAUUUUCCUAUGAGGCCCAGAAUGAAGAUGAAUUGACUAUAGAAGAAGGGGACAUCAUCACUAUUGUAACAAAGGAUGUAGAAGAUAAAGGGUGGUGGAAAGGGGAACUAAAUGGAAAAAUUGGAGUUUUCCCAGACAAUUUUGUGGAAGUAGUUAAAGCAGAUGAGGCUCAUUCAAAAAAGCCAGGGCGCCCAGAAAAGCCUGCUGUUGCCGUUUUAGCUACAAAUGUACAUACAACUACACAGACAAAUGUUCCAUCGUGUAUGGUGGACAGUCCAAUAACAGAGAAAGUAACCAAGAAGGGUACAGCAACUUCUAAAAUAUCUCCUCCUGCUAUACCAAAGAAAGAAGACAAGCCAGCUCCACCACUACCAGGUAAGAAACCAUUACUUCAAACCAAGAAAAAGCCUCAGAGAUCUUCAAUCUCUCCAGUCAAACCUUCAACAUUAUUGACACCACCAACUUCUUCCAUUCUGAUGUCAUCAGCUUCUACCACGUCGACUGCAGGAACAAGUAAGCUUCCUUCACCAUCUGUGGCUUCUCCUUCAGGCUCCAUACCUAUUGUAUCACCAGUUACAACAGAACGUUUAACUGAUGACAUGAAAGUUAGGUGCCAACAACAGAAACCAGAAGAUAAGUCAGCAUUUGAUAGUGUAGAGGUUUUUCCUGACAAACUCACUCACCUAACAGCUAGCAGGGCUAGAGCACCCAAUCGUAGACCUCCUUCCCAGUUUCUCGGUAGAGAAAUGGGAAAAGAAAAUGGAGAUCUUUUAGGUUCAGAACAGCCACCUUGGUUGUGUGAACUCCUCAAAUCCCAGUCAAAACGUGCUAGUCAGUGUUAUGCUGAAGCUAAAGACGUUAAAGAAUCUUCUCCUAACAAAGAAACAAAGACUGUGCUAUUACCAGCUAAAGUUAACAACUCAAAAAUUUCUCUGGUUUCCACUAAAGAUGAAGAUAAUAAGCCUAAGAUCAAGCCAGUUCCAAGUCCCACAUUGUCCAGUAGUGCUCGGUUUUCUCCUUCUACUCACUGCCCAUCAUCUUUUAGCCUUGAUGUGGUAACUUUACAGCAAGAAGUGGACAACUUGAAGAAAGAGAUGAAUUUGCUAAAAAACACAAGUGUCAACAAGGGAGAUUAUAAUGAACUUCAGAAACAAGUUAAACAGCUUGAGGAUUCGGUAGAGAUGCAGAGAAAGCACUACGGUAAGCUUGUUGUGGACCUCAUGAAAGAGGUUGAUGAGGAGAAGAAACUUCGUAUGGUACUUCAGGUAGAGCUUGACAGAAUAAAGAAAUUAACAUCUACAGUUUGAAAACUAGACAAGACUGAAUAGAAUGUGGCUUAAUUGUAUCAUUUCAGGAAGCAAAGUUGCCUUAUCCAAACCAUCCAUGGUGAUGGGAGAUUAUUUUUCAUUUGGUCUGCAAGUCAUGAUAGUCUGAGAUGUUCCAAGAAAUCAGACUGGUGUAUUGAUUAUUUUGUGGUGGGAUAAAAACUGGACAAGUUACAGAAGAAUAUAUGGCAAUCAUUGAAGUAUAUUUAUUUUUCUUAGCUUUGGAAAGAAUUUCAAGUUUUUAAAGUGCUAAUUGGGUUGAAUGAGGUAACACAGAAGUUAUAUAAGUGGAUGUAAGUACAAUCUAGCUAAUUAGUAGUCAUUUUCCUGUUGAAACUGAAGCUGUUGCUGCAUUUUCAACAUUUUUUCUGUGUUGCAUGCUAUGUAUGAAAUAAGGUUGGCUUAGCUCGCCUGAAGCAAUCAACAAUUUUAUCCAUAUGAUAUGAUCAUAUAAGCAUGUAAUUUGUGAAGAUAAUAUCCUACUAUCAUUUUAUUAAGUUAUAUUUUCAUAUUCUCUAUAUGCUAAAAGUUUCUGUUGUAGACUCACUUUAGAUUUUGAAACACAGAGUACUGGGAACAAAUGGAAAAUAUAUUAUUGAAAGAAAAAAGUUGAACACACUAAUGUGAAAUUAUUAAAUGAUGACCCUUCACUGGACAGAAAUAUUGAAAAGUUGUGUGACAUUAUUAUGUAAGAAAGUAUUUCAUAUAGUAAAAUUAGCUUGUAUCUAUAGAGCUUCAUCCAGGUAACACUGUAACUCUGUUAUAGAGCUUCAUCCAGGUAACAUUGUAACUCUGUUAUAGAGCUUCAUCCAAGUAACAUUGUAACUCUGAUAUAGAGCUUCAUCCAGGUAACAUUGUAACUCUGAUAUAGAGCUUCAUCCAGGUAACACUGUAACUCUGAUAUAGAGCUUCAUCCAAGUAACAUUGUAACUCUGUUAUAGAGCUUCAUCCAGGUAACACUGUAACUCUGUUAUAGAGCUUCAUCCAGGUAACAUUGUAACUCUGAUAUAGAGCUUCAUCCAGGUAACAUUGUAACUCUGUUAUAGAGCUUCAUCCAGGUAACAUUGUAACUCUGUUAUAGAGCUUCAUCCAGGUAACAUUGUAACUCUGAUAUAGAGCUUCAUCAAGGUAACAUUGUAACUCUGAUAUAGAGCUUCAUCAAGGUAACAUUGCAACUCUAAGUCUCCAACAGAAAACAUUUCCAGCAGUAAAUCCUCACCAAAAACUUAACUUUUAAUAAACAUUUAUUAAGGUGAUAUUUAUAAGCUUGUGAUAUUCAUGUUUUAAAAACAGCCGUAUUCAAAUACAAAUAAAGAUAUAAAUAGAGAAAUUUUAAAAGUAGCUGUUAUCAAACAUAAACAGAGAAAUUUCAGAGGUAGUUGUUAUCAAACAUAAACAGAGAUAUAAGUAGAGAAAUUUAACAAGUAGCUGUUGUCGAAGAUAGGUAAAAGUAUAUGAAGAGAAGUUUUAAAAACAGCUGUUAUCAAAAUUAAAUAAAGGUACAAGUAGAGAAGCUUUAAAAGCAGAUGUUAUUAAAGGUAUAAAUAAAUAAGUUUUUCAGACACAUUUUAUCAAAGAUAAAUAGUGGUAAAGUAGAGAAGUCAUAAAAGCAGCUGUUAUCAAAGAUACAUGAAUGUAUUUAAAACAUCUCCAAGGAGACUAAAAUAUCCACUACUUCUUGAUUAUAAAUACAUAGUUUUGUACCACUUUGUACUUUAAACAUAUUAUUGAUUACUGAGUACUUUCUCUGCAUUAAUGUUUUAGUAUACAAAAGCUUUAUCUAAUUUACAAUUUCUUGAUGAUAUGGAAUGGUGUACUUCUAGCAGCAAUAUAGUAGAAUAUAUUUUAGAAUUAUGAAAGGUGGUUAGUGGCUUUACAUUAAGGGCUAAGUAUCUUAUGUAUAAUGCUGCUGUCGCUGUUAAUGUAACUUAUGUACAAAGCUACUUUAUUUUUGAUAACAGUGAGUCAUAAGUAAGUGUUCUUACUGCAAUCCAGGAUCGAUGGUCAGGCUGUAGCAAUUUAUAAAAGUUUACUUCCUGUAGAAUUUUACUGAAAUAAUACCUUAUUCAUGGAAACUGUGCACAAGAUACACAGUAUUACAUACGUUGAAUAUGACCUGUAUUGUGAAAAAGUUUUGUAUCCUUUACGAUUUACCAAUGCUAGAAAAGAAGACAAGAUAUUACCCAGAUGGAUAAGUAGGUUCAUCCUUGGUCCAUAUACACUGAAUCUCUUGAUGAUUUUGAUGUGAUUAGACUCAACUAGAUAUACGCCAGUGCUGACUUAGAGGUUGUUAAUGUUAAGUUUCAUAUUUUUACCGAUUUUAUGGUAAUCUUUGUUGUGAGAUACCAGAGGUAUUAUAGUCUGGACCAAUAGUACCUUUUGCAUCCUUGUGUUACCAUUUUGCUAGACCUUACCUUUAUCUACAGUUUUAACAGAAUUUGAAAAGAACAACAAAAAGUCAGAUAUCUUUUUUCCAUUACUGUAAAAAACAUAUAGCUGAUUUUUUUGUUAUUUAACAAAGACCUUAUGGGAAAUGGGAAAACAUUGAACAUUUUGAUAAGAGUUUCUCUGGGGGGAGAUAUUUAGGAUAUAUUUUUGGAAAGAUUUGCUAUGAAAAAAUGCUAACUACAAGCACCACUUAAAACACUAGAGCCAUUAUUGUUGCAUUGAAACCUAGGGGACUUUUCAAGGUAAAUUAAUUCCUUUCAUCCUGGAGUCCAUAUUGGCAAGUUUAUGAGUGUUUGUAUUUCCUUUACACAUGCUGUGAAGUAGUCGUAUUUGAAAUUCAGAAUGACCUUAGAUUUCAAUUUGGUAAUUGUAAUUUGAAGUAAUCACAUUAUAUGAUGACUAACUUUCACUGCCAAUGAUGGUCAUGCAUAUUUUUGAUUUUUUAUAGUUCAUCAAGAAGCUUUAGUAGUAUGACUGCCAGUAAAUAUCAUGUUCAGUGUAAUUAUCUAGCACAUAUUAGUUCAGUAGUAGUUUAUGUUCAAUAACUACAGUCUUGUAUGAAGAUAAUCCUCUUUAAAUUAACAUAAUAGGGGCUUCUGAUCUGUUUUUAUUAAUAAAUGUUAGAUUUUUCAGAUAUGAGUAUGAAUUUGAAUUAAACAAUGGUGAGAAAAGAUGGCAUAUUAAACAAGUUUUUAAUCUGUCAUCUACGACUUGUAUUCAUUAAGCUAAGUGAGAGUAAAGGCUAUAAUAAUAAACUUUUUAAAUAUAUUAUUCCCAGAACGUUUAUUGACAGCUUGUGAUCUUUAAGUAAAAACUAAAUAUAUUUAAUUGUUUUUGUGAGUUCCCAUAGUGGAUGGAAAAUAAAUACAUCUAAUACUAGAAAUAAAGCUGAAAGCAACAAUUAACAAUUCUACAAAUUUGGCUGAUGUUUUAUAAUAAGACAUAGACUCCAUGAACACACACACAUACACAUUGACAAGUUAGUUGUUAUUGUGCUAUAUUCUGUAAAACAUUUAAAUUUUUCUAAUGGUCUCCUAGCUUGGAGACAAUAUUAGUAUUUUUGAAAAAUAUAAACAGGUAUAAGUAGCUGAACUAGCAUGUUUUUUCUUUACUUCAAUUGAAAUGAAUAUUUUGUUAUUAUACCUUGUUUCAUGUCUUUAUAUUUUAUAUACAGAUUAGCUGGUAUCAUUCCACUGUAUGUGUUACAUUGUUGAUAUUUUUAUCAGUGAAUAAUCAAUUAACUUUUUCUUAGUGGUUUACAAAAGGUAUCUUGAGAAAGCCAAAUAUGUAUCAAGAAAAUAUAAUAUUCAUGAUAUAAUCAGCAUAAAAAUGUUAGAAUGGUCUUUCAGUUUGACCCCUUGUGGACCAGUGAUGUAGUUUUUAAAUAAAUCUCUACAGAUACAACUGAUAGUGAAAAGACUAGUUUUGUUUUACAAUGGUAUUUUAAUAUUGAACCAUUAUUUGAUAAUCUGUUGUAUUAUAUCUCCUUUAGUAAAUUCAAAUACAUGAGAUCUCCUUAUAGUUUGUAAAGUGAAAUGAAAUAUGUUACAGAUUCAUGUAGUUUCUAUAACAAACUGAAUAUGUUAGAGCUCCACAUAGCUCCUACAGCAAACCAAUAUAUCUUACAGCUCCAUAUAGCUC